GAAAUUUUCGUAAGAUACGAUGUCGGGCCGUGGGAAGGGAGGCAAGGGUUUGGGGAAGGGUGGCGCGAAGCGGCACCGUAAGGUCCUCCGGGAUAACAUCCAGGGGAUCACGAAGCCGGCGAUCCGGCGUUUGGCGAGGAGAGGAGGGGUGAAGCGGAUCAGCGGCUUGAUCUACGAGGAGACCAGGGGAGUUCUCAAGAUAUUCUUGGAGAAUGUGAUCCGAGAUGCCGUCACAUACACCGAGCACGCCCGUCGGAAGACCGUCACCGCCAUGGACGUGGUCUAUGCCCUCAAGAGGCAGGGCCGGACACUUUAUGGAUUCGGUGGUUAGGGUUUCUGAUCUAUGAAAAGUCUUGCUGUCAAGAAAAUAAUCAAAAGUAGAGUACUUCGGUAGCUUUCGAUUGCAGGUUUUCGUGUGUUGGAUGGUGUCUUUGCUGAAUCUAUGCGGUAUAUCCGUCUGUUCUUGUGGUGGAGCGAAAUCCUUUUGUAUAUUUUGAUGUACUUUUCAUCCAUGAAUGCAAUGACCUACCAUUGCCUCAAUUAUCUCAA